GUGAAAGAGCAGUGUCUCUUGAGCACGUUGACGACGAGAACGAUCGUGACGAAGGAGGAAAGGGUAGUGGUGAGGUUGUCGUCUCGAGGCGCUGUCGAUGCCCGAGAUGCGCUAGCCAAAGGCAUCUAUGGACGACUCUUCACUUACAUCGUCACGCGUAUCAAUGAUGCCAUUUACAAGCCAAGAAACGAUUCAGCGGAUCGCCACUCUAUUGGAGUUCUCGACAUUUUUGGCUUUGAAAAUUUCGAGACGAACAGCUUCGAGCAGCUGUGCAUCAACUACGCUAACGAGAGCCUCCAACAAUUCUUCGUGCAGCACAUCUUCAAAAUGGAGCAGGCCGAAUACGAUCUUGAGCAAAUCAACUGGCGUCAUAUCAAAUUCGUUGAUAACAAAGAGACGAUGGAGAUGAUUGGCGUGAGACCGAUGAACGUAUUUUCCCUGAUUGACGAAGAGAGCAUUUUUCCAAAGGGUACUGACCAGACGAUGCUGUGUAAGUUACACUCUACUCAUUCCAACAAAAGCUUUUAUAUGCGCCCAAAGGCCGAUCUUCAGCGAUCUUUUGGAGUGAAACAUUUUGCAGGGCCCGUUUUUUAUCAUGUUAGAGGCUUCCUCGAGAAAAAUCGCGACUCUUUCUCGGCAGAUUUGCACUCUCUUGUUCAGUCGUCGAAUAUGCAUUUGCUCCUACGAAUCUUUGACGAAACCGAUCACGUUGACGGCACCAUCAGAAACAAGAGCACCACCGUGAGCAGUCAGUUCCGUAAGUCACUCGAUCAGCUGAUGCAGCAGUUGAAUCAGACGGAGCCGUUCUUUAUCAGAUGCAUCAAACCGAAUGAAUUCAAAAGGGCACUGAUGAUGGACCGUGGUCUGGUGCUACGUCAACUGCAAUACUCUGGAAUGCUGGAGACGAUCAAGAUUCGAAGAAACGGUUAUCCCAUACGACAUGACUUCGAGCCUUUCGUUCAACGCUAUCGAGUGCUUAUCAACGGAAUCGGCAAGUAUUUCUUCACACUUAUUUUCAUUCAAUAUAGACUUUUUGCAGGAGCUUCAACCGGUAAAGACUACAGAAGUGCAGCCGAGCUGAUCUGCAACCGAGUGCUUGGCCAAGGGUCUGAAUUCCAGUUAGGGAAGACGAAAGUGUUUCUGAAAGAAAGGCACGACUUAUAUCUGGAACAGGAAUACCAUCGUAUGUUGUCCUUCCGUGCUACGGUGAUCCAAAAACACGUCAAGGGUUGGGUUGCGAAAAGAUCGUUCAAGAAGAAGAAAGACGCGGCUACGGUGAUUCAGAAACAUUGGAGGCGUUACAUCCAUCAAAAGCGAUAUACUCAGGUACAUGGCGAUGUCCUCAGUGAGAUCCUUAGUCGGCUAAGUCGUACACUUCAGAUAAUAGCCGGAUUCUGCCGCCUACAAGCCGUUCUCCGGUCCCGUCAACUUGUUCUUCAUUAUCAAAGUCUGCGACGUAAUAUCAUUCAGUUUCAAGCAGCGUGUCGUGGAGCACUCGUUCGUGCAAUGGUCAGCGACCUCAGGAAAAAUGGAGGACGACGGAUCAAGCUUCAAGAAGACUUACGAGAAGAUGCUAAAGAGGAAAUCAGGGAGGAAGAACUGAUUAUUCUCCGAAAUGAGACGCAUUCAGAGGUCGGACAACUCUUUGACUUCCUUCCACCUGAUUCUCGUCUGGACACAAUCCCUGACAACGUCUCCAGUAGCAGCGUUAGCAUUGACUCGAAUCCCACCCAGAUUCCCACGGUUGAGGAAACCGUGCAUGUGGACGAAGAUCUGGAAAAGUAUCAAUUCAGCAAAUUUGCCGCCACCUAUUUCCAGUCUCAGAUCACAUCUUCGCAUUCAAAGAAGCCCUUGAAAUCGCCACUUCUGACUCACCAGGAUUCGGCAUCACAACUGGCGGCAAUGGCUGUAUGGAUAACGAUUCUGCGAUUUAUGGGCGAUCUACCUGAUGUCAAAUAUAGCUCCAAUGGAGACGUGCCGGCGGAGGAUUUUGAUGGAACCGGUCGGACGCUGAAGAAAAGCAUGGGAAGGAAGCUGAUAUCUAUGACUCUGAAGAGGAAAACAAAGAUCUCAGACAUGAGCUCCUUCGUUCGGUCGGCACCGUUCACGGAUCGUCGGCAUCGCAAAUGCGUGAUGGAGAACAGACCUAUGAGUUCACUCGAUAAACUGCACUACAUUAUCGGAAUGGGGAUACUGAGAGAAGAACUCAGAGACGAGAUUUAUUGUCAGCUCUGCAAACAACUUACCGUUAUCAAACUACUUAUGUACUGCUUCAUUCGUGAGCGUGGCCCGGCUGGUGCUGGCUAUGCUGCCUACAUGGAAGAGCGAUUGAGACGAACUGAACAGAAUGGAUGUCGACAUCAGCCGCCCAGCUAUGUUGAGCUUCAAGUUAUGUUGAGACAAAGAGAAUUUUUGCUGCAGCACAGUGUACCCGUAUCAGUGAAUGCGAACAAAGCAAAGAAGCAGAUUGUGCUGGCUGUGACCCUGAUGGACGGUUCGGUGAAGACGAUGAGCGCGGACAGUGCCACGACAGCGGCUGAAGUUUGCUCGGCUCUUGCCGAGAAGAUCGGCCUCAAGGAAAGAUUCGGUUUCAGCCUUUACAUUGCCCUUUUCGACAAGGUAUCAUCCCUCGGCUCGGGAGCUGACCACGUAAUGGAUGCCAUUUCGCAAUGUGAACAAUAUGCCAAGGAGCAGGGUCGGCAGGAAAGGAAUGCGCCAUGGAGGCUGUUCUUCCGCAAGGAGAUUUUCACGCCUUGGCACGACGCCAAGGAUGAUCCUAUCAGCACGAAUCUCAUUUACCAACAAGUCGUACGGGGCAUCAAAUAUGGAGAAUACCGAUGUGAUAAGGAGGACGAUCUCGCAUCUCUCGCUGCUCAGCAGUACUUCAUCGAAGAAGGGCUUCUUGACGUAAAUCGUCUCGAAAGUCAACUGCACAAUUACUUGCCCGAUUUUGAACUGAACGGCAAAGAGAUGGCAAAGGAGCGAUGGAUUCAAGCGAUCAUGUAUCACUACAGAAGGAAAUUCGGCACCAAUCCACCAUCACCUCAUCACGUCAAGGAAGACGUGGUGACGUUUGCGAAAUUCAAAUGGCCAUUGCUGUUCUCAAGCCACUUCGCUAUAACUUCCCUCAGUCUAUUUUUCGCUUAUGAACAUCUGAAAACUUCUUACAGAUUCUAUGAAGCAACCAAGUUCUCCGGGCCUCCUCUUCCUCGCAAUGACGUCAUUGUCGCCGUGAACUGGACGGGUAUCUAUGUGGUUGACGAUCAGGAGCAUGUGUUGCUUGAGUUCAGCUAUCCUGAAAUCACGAAAGUGACGCAUCAAAAGGGACCCCGACCCGGUGCUGACGCCUGCGUUGUUCAGACAGUGACUGGCGACGAGUACUCGUUCCAGUCCCCGAAUGCCGAAGACGUGAAAGACUUGGUGUCGACUUUCAUCGACGGUCUCAAGCAGAGGAGUAGAUACGUCAUCGCAACGAAACGCCAAAAAGGAGACGAUGCGACCAAUUUGCUCGAGUUUGAAGUGGGAGACCUGAUUGUUCUGAUGAAUCAAACAACUGGCAAGGACCUGCUCACGGAGAAAUUAGUGAAGGUUUGUUGGGUGAAUGUGCGCGCACCUGCCUCCAGGGUUACUUUCGAACGGAAAAUGUCUACGUUGUUAGCAACACUCAUCAAGCCCAAUGUGAACACUCUGCAGCUGUUUUCGAAAGGUGAACAAAUGGCUCUGGAUAUUCUCAACAACAAUCAAGUUGUCGUUAUUCAAAACAACGGACGGCCGCAUACGUUGGAACAGUUCGCUAUUGACAACUUCAGGGCUCCGCCUCGUCCAUCAGUCGCCCAACGAUCGCUUAUGACUUUGAGACGUCGCGACGUCAUGCCUAUGCCGCGAUGGCGUUUCAGUCGUGAACCUAUGGACGUGCCGUUGUUGAAGAAGCUCGAAGGGAGAGAUGAGCAAUGUCGUGAUGCGAUCUCGAUGUUUGUGUGUUUGCUGAAGUACAUGGGAGAUCAGCCAUCGAGACGAAGCCGACUGGGCACUGACCUUACCGACAGUAUCUUCAAACCAGCAAUCGCACACGAAAUCCUCCGCGAUGAGCUCUAUUGCCAGCUUCUUCGUCCAACUUACGAUGAAUCCCUCAAUGUUAUCGGAAGAGAGGGGAUGGGAACUCGUUUGGUUGGCAACGGGUCUGUUCGCUCCAAGCACAAGCCUUCUGAAAGAAGUAGAACUGAGCGAAAUCAAGUACGGGCUUGA